AUGUUUCCUGACGAGAACGGCAUCGACGGCUGGCUACGGUAUGCCCCGUUGUCGUCUGAAUUGGCGUCGCAGUUUAAGCGGUACGGGAAUAUCAUUGCAUUGAGAAAUGAUGAAUCGAGCCCUGUUCGCACUGCGGCGAAGGAAAUCCAACAUGGAUUGAAAAGAAUCCUCAACCAAGAGGCAAACAUCGGCCACGACCUCAUCACUGGGAGUCAGGUAGAAGGUCCUGCUACGAUCGUUAUUGGGACAGUCAAUAGUUUCUCCCACGCCGGCGGAGAUGUUUCCCACAUUGCACAAUUAAAAGAAGAUGGCUUCUGGCUCCAUGGAGACGAUUACGAUAACGUACAGAUUCUGGGUCAAAACGAGCGUGGUGCGCUCUAUGGUGCUUUCGCAUUCCUGAUGCUGCUUGCUCAGGGUAAGCAGUGCCCCUCUGCUCACGUCUCGAACCCUAGCGCGCCAAUCCGAUGGGUGAAUCAGUGGGACAACUUAGAUGGAAGUAUCGAACGUGGAUACGCAGGCCCGUCAAUCUUCUUCAGGGACAUGGUUGUGCAAGAUGAUUUGACUCGCGUGUCUCAGUAUGCUCGGCUCAUGGCAUCCGUUGGGUUAAACGGGAUCAUUGUCAAUAAUGUCAACUCACAUCACGACCUUCUCAGUCCCAGAAACCUCGCCGGCCUCGGUCGAAUCGCAAACGCAAUGCGUCCAUGGGGCGUGCGUAUUGGAGUUGCCCUCUUUUUUGAUACUCCUAAAAUUCUAGGUGGCCUGUCUACAUCUGAUCCUCUAGACCCUGGUGUGAUUGCAUUUUGGGAUAAGAUCACUGCUCAGCUAUACCAGCACGUACCCGACUUGAUUGGAUACCUUAUUAAAGCUAACUCAGAAGGCCAGCCCGGUCCGCUGACCUACGGCCGUACAUUAGCUGAUGGAGCAAAUAUGUUCGCAGACGCUCUUAAACGUCACGGAGCUGGCGUCGUUGUCUAUCGAGCUUUUGUGUAUAAUCACCAUCUGGACGAAUCAAACUGGAAAAAUGACCGGGCAAAUGCAGCAGUUGAAUAUUUUAAAGAUAUGGAUUCCCUAUUUGAGGAUAAUGUUUUGGUUCAGAUCAAAUACGGGCCUAUUGAUUUCCAAGUGCGAGAACCAACUUCCCCAUUGUUUGCUCACCUUCGAAAAACACCGACAAUCAUAGAAUUUCAGGUAGCCCAGGAAUAUCUCGGCCAGCAAAGUCAUGUCUGCUACCUUCCUCCUCUCUGGAAAACAAUACUGGAUUUUGACCUCCGGGUUGAUGGGAAGCCCUCCCUGGUCCGAGAUAUUGUCUCUGGCGAACGGUUCGGUUGGAAUCAAAGUGGUUAUGCUGCCGUUGUCAAUGUGGGUAGCGAUUCAACGUGGUUAGGAAGUCAUCUGGCCAUGUCUAAUCUCUACGCGUAUGGUCGUUAUACAUGGGAUCCAACGAGUAAUGAAGUGGACGUUAUUCAAGACUGGACACGAUUAACCUUCAGCUCCCACUCAACUGUAGUCGACACUGUGACUAGCAUUUCUAUGGAGUCCUGGCCGACUUAUGAGAAUUAUACCGGCAACCUUGGAAUUCAGACUCUGUGCGAGAUAACUAAAACUUGUCAUUAUGGUCCUAGGCCAGACGCAGCAGAUGGGAAUGGUUGGGGUCAAUGGACACGAGCUGACGCACAUGCAAUUGGUAUGGAUCGCACAGUGGCCACGGGAACCGGAUACGCAGGGCAAUAUCCAGUAGAGGUAGCCGAAAAGUUUGAGAAAGUCAAAACUACCCCUGACGACCUACUUCUCUGGUUCCACCAUGUUCCAUACACCCAUAAGCUGAAAUCAGGAAAGACUGUCAUCCAACACUUUUACGAUGCGCACUACGAAGGAGCCGCAAAUGCACAGACGUUCGCACCAAGAUGGAAGGCCAUCCAAGGGCUGAUUGAUGACUCUCGCUUUCAGCAUGUCUUAUUUCGCCUCGUAUAUCAGGCUGGUCAUGCAAUUGUGUGGCGUGACUCAAUCAAUGAAUUCUACAAAGCAAAGUGCAGCAUCCCCGAUGAACAAGGCCGAGUUGGAAACUACCCAUGGCGUAUUGAAGCUGAAUCAAUGGAUUUGACCGGCUACGCCGUUGUCCCAAUCACGCCCUUCGAAGCAGCAUCGGGCGGCAAGGCCAUUAUUACAACAUCCAACGAUAAACCAGGAACGGCUAAAUAUACCGUACCAUUUGAAUCAGGGGUCUACAAUAUCGCCGUGAACUACUAUGACCAUCUCGGUGGUACAUCUCAAUAUAAGUUGUUUGUGGGAGGUCAGUUGAUUGGAGAAUGGGCAGGCGAUUUGAGUAAGGUGCUGCUACAUGAUUUUUCGGAUCUACGCGAUGGGCAUUCUGCAACUCGGAUUACAUUUGAUACAGUUCAUGUGAACAAAGGUGAUGUGAUUGAACUUAUAGGAACGCCGGAUGGAACUGAGCUCGCGCCCAUAGAUUAUGUUUCUUUCUUGCCACCGGGCCUAGUGGAUUAG